AUGGACCAACAUCAGCUGAAGAUGGACCAAAAGAUGGAGGAAAUCUUGGGUGCCUUGUCCAAAAAUCGAGCUACAACCCACCAUGGGAAGACCACCGAGGAGGAACAACCUAGCAUCUCACCGAUUCCUUCCAUCGAAGAAACACCCAAGGUCUACAGCGGAGCGUCACACAGCGACACCGGAGGAACCAGAAGCAGAAACGGGGGGGAGAAGGCCACACCGGGGGAACCAACUGGCGAUAUCGGAAGUUGGAUAUGCCUCUGUUCGACGAUGAAAACCGCGAUGGGUGGAUCUUGA